UUUCUCGUUUCCGGCCCUGUGGGCAACGCGCCGCAAAAUCCCCAGGGUUGAGUCACCGACUCAAGCCCCUCUUCGCUUCUGUAGAGCUCUUCGAAGAUUUAUAUAGGUCGAGAGAGAUCGAGAGAGAUCCAACGACGAAGAUGAGAAGGGCUCCGAUUGUUUUCUCCACUCUUCUCUCCGGGAAUCUUCUUCCUUCUUCUUCCACCGCCAUGGCGGCGGCGGAGCGGACGCUUCUCCGCACGGUGCUGUACAGCACCGCCGCCACAUCGCCGCGGUCGCGGUGGUGGUCCUCUCCUUCUCCCGCCGCUUCCUUCCCUUCGAAAUCCGUCUCCGUUGGACUCGCGGGGGCUCUCUCCUUCUCGCUGACCCUGGUCACGGCAGCGGAGGCCAAGGAGCGGCUCUCCCCCGAGCUUUUUCCCAAAAACGUCGUCCUCUACCAGUACGAGGCCUGCCCCUUCUGCAACAAGGUUAAAGCUUUUUUAGAUUAUUAUGACAUACCAUACAAAAUUGUGGAGGUCAACCCCUUAAGUAAGAAGGAGAUCAAGUGGUCUGAUUAUAAAAAGGUUCCAAUAUUGGUUGUGGAUGGUGAGCAGCUGGUUGACUCGUCAGAUAUUAUUAACAAGUUAAGCCAUAGGCUUCAUCCUGAUAACUCUGCUGUUGAUGAGGAGGAAGCAAAGUGGCGUAGGUGGGUUGAUGAGCAUCUUGUUCAUGUAUUAUCACCAAACAUAUACCGGACUACUUCAGAGGCGCUGGAAUCCUUUGAUUACAUAGCCAAACAUGGCAACUUUAGCACUACGGAGAGGUUUACAGCAAAAUAUGCUGGGGCUGCUAUCAUGUACAUAAUUUCCAAGAAGUUAAAGAAGAAGCAUAACAUCACUGAUGAGCGUGCUGCUUUGUACGAAGCUGCAGAAACAUGGACCAAAGCUCUUAACGGAAGAGAUUUUCUCGGAGGAUCCCAACCUAAUUUAGCAGAUCUUGCUGUAUUUGGUGUUCUAAGACCUAUCCGAUACCUAAAGGCUGGUAGAGACAUGGUGGAGAACACACAAAUUGGUGAAUGGUACCAAAGGAUGGAAACUGCUGUCGGAGAGCCUGCAGGAACAAAGGCAUAGAAUGAUCUUCCAAAGUUUUAUCUUUACUUUUGUACGACCAUUAUUUGAUUUGCCAUAAAAGAAGCACAUCAAGUUCUUAAUGUGCUGUGGCUAUUGUGAGCCGUUCAAAUUUUGAUCGUUGCAUGAGAUAUAGCAAAUAGGCAGAACUAAUUUCGUGAGCUGAAUGAUAAUAUUUGGUUGUUUCCAUGAUGGACGGCAUUUCUACUUAUUUAUAAAAUAUUAAAACAAUUUGACGUGUUCUUUGUUUUGUAUUUUAUGGAACCAUUUGAUUUGAGAUUGAU